GUGAAUGCGUCACAUCCACGUCCAGCCCUUCCUCGGUGUGCGUGCUUUGCUUCCAGCUUUGAAUUUCAGACAUCAUGGCGUCCUUAUCCAUGGCCCCAAUGAAUAUCUUCAGACAUGGAGCUGAUGAAGAAAAAGCAGAAACUGCACGAUUGUCAUCUUUUGUUGGUGCCAUCGCCAUUGGAGAUCUGGUGAAGAGCACUCUGGGCCCAAAGGGGAUGGAUAAGAUUCUGCUGAGCGGAGGCGGAACUGUGACCGUGACCAACGACGGCGCCACCAUCCUGAAGGCCAUCGGGGUGGACAACCCUGCUGCAAAGGUCCUGGUUGACAUGUCGAAGGUUCAGGACGAUGAAGUCGGGGAUGGAACGACCUCUGUCACCGUGCUUGCCGCCGAGCUGCUGAGGGAGGCAGAGCUUCUCAUUGCCAAGAAAAUCCACCCUCAGACCAUCAUUGCCGGGUGGAGGAAGGCAACCCAGGUGGCCAGAGACGCUCUAAGGGAGGGUGCUGCAGACCACAGCAACGACCCGGAUCGUUUCCAGGAAGACCUGCUUAACAUUGCCCGUACCACGCUGUCCUCCAAACUCCUGACUCACCACAAAGAUCACUUCUCCAAGCUGGCCGUGGACGCUGUGAUGAGGCUGAAAGGCUCCGGGAACCUGGAGGCCAUCCACGUCAUCAAGAAGCUGGGAGGAAGCCUCACCGACUCCUACCUGGACGAAGGUUUCCUGUUGGAUAAGAAGAUCGGAGUGAACCAACCAAAGAGGCUGGAGAACGCAAAUAUCCUGAUCGCCAACACCGGCAUGGACACGGACAAGAUCAAGAUCUUCGGCUCCAGGGUCCGCGUCGACUCCACAGCCAAGGUGGCCGAGAUCGAGCAGGCAGAGAAACAGAAGAUGAAGGAGAAGGUGGAGCGAAUCCUGAAGCACGGCAUCAACUGCUUCAUCAACAGACAGUUGAUCUACAACUAUCCAGAGCAGCUGUUCGCUCAGGCGGGCGUCAUGGCCAUCGAGCACGCCGACUUCUCCGGCGUAGAGCGCCUCGCGCUGGUUACUGGCGGUGAGAUCGCCUCCACCUUCGACCACCCAGAGAUGGUGAAGCUCGGGCACUGCAAGCUGAUCGAGGAGGUGAUGAUCGGCGAGGACACCCUCAUCCACUUCUCUGGCGUCGCCAUGGGUGAGGCUUGCACCAUCGUCCUGCGGGGGGCGACCCAGCAGAUCCUGGACGAGGCCGAGCGCUCGCUGCACGAUGCCCUGUGUGUUUUGGCUCAGACCGUGAAGGAGCCGCGGACCGUUUACGGAGGAGGCUGCUCUGAGAUGCUGAUGGCGAAGGUGGUGAGCGAUCUUGCUCACAGGACGCCAGGAAAGGAGGCGGUUGCCAUGGAGUCUUUCGCCAAGGCUCUCCAGAUGCUGCCGACCAUCAUCGCUGACAACGCCGGCUACGACAGCGCCGACCUGGUGGCUCAGCUGAGAGCUGCACACCAGGAGAACAAGACCACAUACGGUCUGGACAUGUCCGCAGGCACGAUAGGAGACAUGGUGGCGCUCGGAAUCACCGAGUCCUUCCAGGUGAAGCGUCAGAUGCUGCUGAGCGCCUCCGAGGCGGCCGAGAUGAUCCUGAGGGUGGACAACAUCAUCAAAGCUGCUCCCAGGAAGAGAGUCCCUGACCAGCACCCCUGCUAGAGCCGGCAGUCAGACGACAAACGGAUGAGAUUUAUUUAUCGCCUCUGUGGUUCACAUUCUGUUUCCCCUGUCAGUCACACCAGCGGCUGAAAUCCCAUCAGUUCGCAGCUUCUCUGGUUACGCUUCGCUGUCCAGCACAUCUAGAAAGGAAGUUUGGAUGUUUUUUGUUUACUGAAAUAAACGAAAGCGGAAA